AUGAGCUAUAGACAAACGAGCAGAUAUGGAUCACAAAAAUCGCACAGAAGCCACAACUACACGACCAAAAACGACUUGAAUUACGACAGCAUAACCGAUAGAUUUAUUUCCACGCUGGAAGAUAACGGAAAUCAGGGGUAUUAUCGUACUUUUGUGACGAAAUCCUCUGGCUUCCAGCCCAAAGCCGGAGAAAUCAGCAGUCCUAUAACUGGCGAGACCGGGUUCUUUGACAACCCGUUUUUGAUCAGGGACGAUAAUUUCCUAAUCAGAUCGAACUACGACACUUCUGUUAGACAGUCAAGAGCCAUGGUCGAGGACGAUCUGACAAACCGGUUUGACGACAUGUCGCUAGCCGAGGAACCAGAGAUAGAAUCAACUCAACGAGAAGAUGCCAGUUCUCACAAGGUGAGCGUGGCCAAAGCACUUGGUUUCAAAAUCAGAUCGCGGAUCUUGAACUUUAGGCCGUCCAAAAGCUCGUCCCCAAGAAGAAAGAUGAUGGCAGACAUGAUUGAAAACAAACAGCCUGCACCAACAGAUUUCAACUCCCCGACAAUAACGAGUCCGUCCAGCUUGGGAGCAUCUGCCAAAGAGAAGGUGAAGACCGAAGUCAAGUUCAAAGUCCUUGACGCUCCAGGGCUCCGAAACGACUUCUAUGCCAACGUUGUUUCUUGGGGAAAAAAGAGCGAUAGAAUAGCAGUGGGGCUCGGAAGUGUAGUUUACACAUGGAACAACAAGUCUGGAACCACUCCGUUGCAAACCAUGGAAGAAACUAUUUCUUGUGUCUCGUAUAGUCAUGACGAUAUUCUAGCAGUCGGUACUAAAACAGGAAGACUGAUGAUCUAUUCUGAAAAUUCAAGAACCAUUAAUACAACUUCCAUCUUGAGACCAAGUUCUGGGAUCUGCUGUAUAUCUUGGAUCAAAGGAACCAAGUCCUUUUUCGCUGGUGAUGAUUUGGGAGACGUGACUCUUUACGAACUGACAGAGGCCAACGAAUCUGGGAAUUUCAAGCUCAAUGUGGCUUGCUUUUUCAGAUGCAACGAACAACAGAUAUGUGGAAUCGAUAUAAGUCCUGACCGGAAACAAGUGACUGUUGGCGGAAACGACAACUGCUGCACGAUCUGGGACAUUUCUGAUCUGCAAAGACCGACUCUCAAGUUUUGUCUUCCUCACCAAGCUGCAGUGAAAGCCAUAGCUUAUUGUCCAUGGAUGCCUCAUCUAUUAGCAACAGGGGGCGGGUCAAAAGACCGUACCAUCCGAUUCUGGCACACAAACACAGGAACGUUGCUCGACAAGAUCCCAACACGAGGUCAGAUCACAUCUCUGAUCUGGUCCAAGUCUAGGAAAGAAAUCCUGGCCACAUUUGGAUUUGGAGACAACACAGAAAAUCCGGUUCUCAUUUCUGUUUACUCGUAUCCAUCCAUGAAACUGCAAGUCAAACUCACGUCUAACUCAAACAUCAGAGUUCUCAGUGCUGUUCCUUCGCACGACUCUAAAUCGAUCUGCACAGCCAUCAGCGACCAGUCUGUCCGAAUUUAUUCGAUUUGGAACUCCAAAUACGAUCUAACAAAUGGAGAAUACGACAAAGGUCUGUUUGGUAGCGAGCUCAUUGAACUGGAGGAAGGUGUCGACAGCAGCUUUGAGAAAAUUAGGUGA